CAUCGUUUCUGGCAUAUACUGCAUAUACUUUAUAAUAAUCACUUACUCCAAUACAAAAGUAGCGUCAUGUCGGGGGCGCGCCUUAGCCACGCGCGCUCCCGUCGAGAGUGAGUGACAGCUGGUAGCUGGGCGCCCAACCGGUGUGUACCCACAUUAGCCGCUCGCCGCCUUUGGAGCCGGAAGCAUCGGCCACUGGGAUGAGGAGGGAGGUCUGAUUAUCCGCUUGGAGCAGGACGGUGGGGAAAAGGAGCAAAGACACACUCGUAAGGAACAAUAAAAUAGCUGGCAGGUGAAACGUCAUGGAGCAGCAGAGGCAGAGAGCUCUGUCCACGUCUGGGGAGUCGCUGUACGUCGUGCUGGGAGUGGACAAGAAUGCCACCACGGAGGACAUCAAGAAAUGUUACAGGAAACUGGCAUUAAAGUUUCACCCAGAUAAGAAUCCCGACAAUCCGGAGGCUGCAGAGAAGUUCAAGGAGAUCAACAACGCUCACUCCAUCCUGAGCGACAGCACCAAGAAGAACAUCUACGACAAGUACGGUUCUCUGGGUCUCUACGUGGCCGAGCAGUUUGGAGAGGAGAACGUCAACACCUACUUUGUUCUGUCCAGCUGGUGGGCCAAGGCCUUGUUUGUCUUCUGCUGCUUGUCCACUGGUUGCUACUUCUGCUGCUGUCUGUGCUGCUGCUGCAACUGCUGCUGUGGCAAAUGUAAACCUCGACCCCCCAUGGACCAGGAGCCCGAGUUCUACGUUUCCCCUGAGGACCUGGAAGCCCAGAUGACGGCCGACGAAAGAGACGGCACCAACGACCCCAUCAUGGUGCAGCCAUCCUUCGCCACAGAAACCACACAGCUCACUGCCGACGCUCACCACAGCUACAGAACGGACGCAUACUAGACACGUACGCACACGCACGGCCUGUCAGUGAUGCGUCACGUAGACGUAGCAGAAGUUGCACAACAGGAGCAGACAGAAGAUGAAGCCAUUGAAGAGACACAAGACGCUGUAUUGGCAGGGAAUUAUUUACACCUUCAUUUCCGCCUGAACAAGUUCACCUGUUGACACACACACCACACACACGGGGGCGGAGCCUGUCUCAGCUUGACCAGGGCCACUCUGGACACACACACACACACACAGUCACGCUGUUAUGCAAGAGGAAUAAGCAACAAGCCCCACGGGAAUGAAGCUGAGAGCUUGUGGUUGCACUCGUCCACUGUGCUGGACAAUCCAUCAUGAAGAAUUGUAUCAUUGAGUUCACCUCCAACGCUUUUUAUUCAUCAAAUUGUUUUAUUUUGGUGUCCCGGUCCUUCACGUCUUCCAAUUGAUCACCUUCAUGAAGCAGUCUUGUCUUCCACAUUCUUACAGCAUCCCACACUCGGCUCCUAACUGUACUCGUCCUCCAUUGAGUCUUGUGUGCGUGAUGUGACAUCACAUGACCAGACAUGGCGAUGUCUGCGGAGUCUUUUCCGUCCUCCACAAGCUUCUGUCCUCCAUCUUCCUCCAUGUUUGUCUCCAUCUAUAUUUCUAGCUAGCCUUCACCGUCAUCACUUUUCCACUUGUUUUGUGUGUAGUUGUUUGUGUCGUGGUGGUGGGACUGUCCAUGUGUUGUCCAUUGUCCUUUAGCUCGUCUGUGUGGUAAAAUCAAUGCUGGACUACGUUGUUGUUGGUCCACAACCAAAGCAGCUUUGGCAGUGCCAAGUCUGCACCAUGUUCACUUUUGACAACUUGGCCUAUUUCCCCAAUUUGUGGCCAGCGGGGGGCACCCGGCGUCUUUGUUUAAGUGGGAUGGUUUGUUUAUCAGUGUUCAGAGUGUUCCUGAAGUCUGAACACACCAGCAAAAAUGCAUCCAGUUUCCAAAUGAUAUUUUUAAUGUUAUAUAUAUAUAUAUAUAUAUAUAUACGUAUAUCUAUCUAUCCAUCCAUUUUUACGGCACUUAUCCUCACUCGAGGUACGGGGGUACGUUGGAGGCUGUCCCAGCUGACUUUGGCCAAUUGCAGGGCUCAUAUAAUCCCAUAUAAUGAUUUGCACUCAGAUUCCUACCGACAGACAGUUUACCAUUUCACCUAACGUGCAUAUUUUUGGAAUAUGGGAAAAUAUCAUUACAUUAGAAAUAAGAAAUAUAGCUAUUUAUUUUUAAUAAAUAAUAAUAACAUAAAUGUAUAAUUUCAUUUAUUACAAUAUAACUUAAUAAAUGUUUUUUUUUUAAUAAAUACAUAUUCUUUAUUUAUAAUUAAUUAAUUGUACUUUUAUUUACUUUAUGAAUAUAUUUUUAAUUUCCAGGAAUGGAACCCAUGCCCCCUCCCAUGAAAGGCAUGUCAAAAAAUGUUUGUGUAACAAAAAAAAUUCCAUUCAUCCAUUUCCCCCACUUACCCGAGGUUGGGUUCCCGGGGAAGCCCAGGCUUCCCUGCAACGUCCAGUUCCUACCAGCAGAUCCCAAGGCACUCCCAGUCUAGUUGAGAGGCCCAGUCUCUCCAACAUGUCUUGGGUCUUCUCCUCCCUCUUUGCCACUUGUGGCGGUGGAAUGGAUGGUGUGGGUGCGCCGUGCUGCGCCAGACUGCUCUGCUCACACAAGCUUUCACAAGUGCGCUGGCCACACUCCUUAGGAACACUCUACAAAAAUAGAUCCCCUUAUCUCAAAUAAAUUGUAGUUUUGUGUAUUAUAUGUACGUAUGUGUGCAGUAUGUGAAAUAUCCAGACUUUAUGGACGCCCUGUCUGCCAUUACUUGAGGAAACGGAUGAUUGACGAAUCCAAACUACUGAAACGUUUGUAAUAUACACACACACACACACACAUAGUUGUAUGUGUUGAGUUUGACAGCUUUUGGUUGGGUCCGAGACAAGUGGGCCCCCUCGCCACACACACACACACACCAGUUCUGCCCCCAAUGCCCGGCACAAGAUACUCCUUUGUCAACGGCCCUGCUGGCGAGCUUGCAAAAGUAAACAUCUUCACUCAUCAUGCAGAGCUUCUCUCAGGGAUACUGCAGUUUAAAAAUAGUUUCUUUCCAGUCAUCUGCACUUCCUGUUUGACAGAUUUCACCUUCCUUUUGUGUCAUCCAUGGUAGGUUGAUAGUGUUGAGACACGCUCAUAGCGCUCUGUCAAAGCCAAACAGACCAAACGAUGGAAAUCACAGUUGAGAUGCUCUCUUUCAUGGUGAGAAAAAAGAUUGAAGUGUGGAUGUAGUGAGCAGAUGAAGCGUUGUUCUAUUUAUUUUUCUUAACCUUUGAAUUAACGGCUACACGAGAUGUAUAGAAUUUUAGAAGCCAAAACCAGCGAAACGUUGUUCUUUUAGCUUGCAGACUUAAAUAAGAAUAAGUCGUUCUAAUAAACAUUUUCAAUGCUUUA